AUGAAGCUUCUAUACCUGCUUCUGGCCAUCUUUCUUGCCAUGGAACCAGUGAUGUCAGAAUGUUGGAUGAAUGGACGCUGCCGGUUGGUGUGCAAAAAUGAUGAAGACAGCAUCUCGCGUUGCCAAAAUCGUAAACGGUGCUGUGUCCCUAGUCGUUAUUUAACAAUCCAACCAGUAACAAUUGAUGGAAUCCUUGACUGGACCACUCCCCAGAUGCCCACAACAGUCAGAAAAAAGAAGAAGAAAAAUAGAUAUCGUGGAUAGAAAUGACUUUGUUUUAGGUUCCUUAGUAUCCACAUUUCAUUAAAACUCACAAAUGUG